AUGGCGCCAAAAGUUCCAAAGGAAUCGCCCAAGCUCAAAAAGAGCCCUGUCAAGUCACCCAAGCCCCCCAAGUCGCCCAAGAAGAAAGGUCCCGCUCUGGUCGAUCCCCAAGUCCUUUUCCUCUGGACCUGCAUUGAAUGCAGCACUGCUGGCAAGGAAGGCGGUGGUGCCGGGAUCGAUUUUGCAGCAGUUGCUGAGAAACUGAAUAUCAGAAAGUCCGCCGCUAAUAAGCGUUUCUCUCGUCUGAGAAUCUCCAUGAAGGCAAGGGAGUCUAAGGACAAGGAGUCCAAGGACGACGAGUUGAAGGACGAGCAGUUGAAGGACGAUCUCGAAGAUUCGGAUUUGCCUCCGUUCAAGAAGGAGGAGAGCCUUGAGGGCUAG